AUGAUGGCGGUGGCUCCGGACACACGGCGGGUCCAGGUGGCCGAGCAUCCCAGAUUGCUGAACUUGAAGGAGAAGUUCAUCUCCAAGUUUGGAGCCACUCCUAAAUUUUAUGCGCGAGCCCCAGGGCGAGUCAACCUAAUAGGAGAGCACAUAGAUUACUGUGGAUACUCUGUCCUGCCUAUGGCGGUAGAGCAGGAUAUACUAAUCGCAGUUGAACCUGUGCAAACCCAAGUUCUCCAACUGGCCAAUACUAACCCUCUCUAUCCGGAUUUCAGCAGCAGCGUUAACGACAUUCAGAUUAACGCAGCCCAACCUCUGUGGCACAACUAUUUCCUGUGUGGACUGAAAGGAAUUCAGGAACACUUCAGCCUCAGGAACCUGACAGGGAUGAACUGCCUGGUGGACGGGAACAUCCCUGCCAGCUCUGGGCUCUCUAGCUCCAGUGCCUUAGUCUGCUGUGCCGGGCUCGUGGCCAUCACCGCUUACGGAUUGACCCUCUCCAAGCCCAGAACAAAUAUUCACCUCUUCCAUUCACAUAAGACUAAUGUCCCAAACUCCCUUCAAAGGCUAACGCAGAGAGCAUACAUGAUUCUCUUUGAACAUUUGGAAGUGUUUUCCUAUGGCAUGCCAGAAAAUUUCUGCUGCUUCCCAUCAGGGAAGACUGGGACCAAGGAAGCCCCGCAAAGAUUUGGUUGUGAUUCUGCCAGAUAA